CAGAGUGUUUGUUUUUUCAGGUAGAAAGUAAGUUUUUGUUGCUCCCUGUUAAUCUGUAGUAUGUAAUUUUACAGGUGUUUACAGAAUAUUGUGUUAUGUAUUUGAGAACAACACUAACUGAGGUGGAGACACAGAUGCAUAAAAGCAAAAGUGGAGCCAGUGCGCAGGCGGCGUAUACACCACAAGUGUACUGGUUUCAAAUGCUGAAAUUUCUCGACCAGUCAACAGAGGCCGACGAGAGUGUGUGCAAUAUGGAGAGCAUGGAAAGUGAAACUGGAAGUGAACGUGCCACACCGACGUUUGAGGAAAUGUUUGCGCAUGAGAUGCAAGAGCCUGUCGCAUGUAGCGAGGCACAGCCACAGCCCCUGCGUCAAGAGCGGCCUCCCACUAAAAGGAGGAAAGUCACGCCAGACGUGGCAACUAACGUCAUGGAGGAGGUCAGCAGGACACUUCAGGCUAUGGCUGAUGCUGCCAGAACCAUGCCUGUCCAUGAAGACCGCUACAGUACCCUUGGCGCCCACAUCGAAGCAGAACUGCGUGAAAUGGAAAGGGUGGGCGGCAGGGAAUACACCACUGCCACAAUGCACAGUCUGCAGCGGACAUUAAUGGACAGGUGGGAUUUGCUGCAUGCUACAGCCCGUGCACAACCGUCCACCUCUGGAUAUAUCCAGGCUGCCUUGCAGCAGGCUGGAAUAGAGGAUGAGGAUUCCAUUCCAUAAAUAUAUA